ACACUUAUUCUCUGGCUUCUUUUUCUUCUUCCAUUUUCGCUUCUCGUAGCAUUUUCGGAACACUCAUGGCUUCCAUUGCCGGAUCCAGCUGCGUCGCUCUCCGAACCGCCAAUUUCGCCUCCUCCGAUAACCGGAAAAUCGGUCAGAUCCGGCAAUGGUCUCCAAUUCUCACUAAUCUCCGUCCUGUUUCCGGUCUUCGCCACCGAUCAAAUACUCCGUUUAGCUCCUCCGGUGUAAGAGCACAGGUUGCUACUCUGGAGGAAGCAGGAACCGGAGCAACUCAAAAAGUGGAAUCGCCGGUUGUAGUGGUGACCGGAGCUUCCAGAGGCAUUGGAAAAGCGAUUGCACUGUCGUUAGGUAAAGCAGGUUGCAAGGUUCUGGUCAACUAUGCAAGGUCAUCCAAGGAAGCUGAGGAGGUUUCCAAGGAGAUUGAGGAGUUUGGUGGGCAAGCUCUUACAUUUGGUGGAGAUGUUUCUAAUGAGGAUGACGUGGAGUCUAUGAUUAAAACUGCAGUUGAUGCUUGGGGAACAGUUGAUGUAUUAAUAAACAAUGCAGGAAUAACUAGAGAUGGUUUAUUAAUGAGAAUGAAGAAAUCUCAAUGGCAGGAUGUUAUUGAUCUAAAUCUCACUGGUGUUUUUCUUUGCACCCAGGCUGCUGCUAAGAUUAUGAUGAAGAAAAGAAAGGGAAGAAUUGUCAAUAUUGCAUCAGUUGUUGGUUUGGUUGGCAAUGUUGGACAAGCCAAUUAUAGUGCUGCGAAAGCAGGAGUAAUUGGCCUGACAAAAACUGUUGCAAAGGAAUAUGCUAGCAGAAACAUCACUGUUAAUGCAGUUGCUCCAGGGUUUAUUGCAUCCGACAUGACUGCCAAGCUAGGACAAGACAUUGAGAAAAAGAUUUUGGAGACGAUCCCAUUAGGAAGAUAUGGCCAACCAGAAGAAGUUGCCGGACUGGUUGAAUUCUUGGCUCUUAAUCAAGCUGCCAGUUACAUCACUGGGCAGGUUUUCACCAUUGAUGGAGGUAUGGUGAUGUAAAUCAGCAACCUGUUUACCUGGCAACAUGAACUUUUGCACUUUUGAACUACUCUUGUACUAUGAUAGUUUGUUCUUUGCUGAGUUUUGCUUAAAGAUAGUUUUACCAUGUGAUUUAUCGUAGAAUCUCAGUUGAGCUUACUGAUGAAAUGCAAGGUGUCCCGCUUCUUGUAGCAUUUUGGUAUUCAUGGUCAUGUUAGCAGAAUAGGCAUAAUUCUUGUAAGCAAUUCAGUCACAUUUGGCAUUAGCUUUUCUUUCUUGGAUGUUCUUAUAAGCAUAUCUCAUUUAAGCAAGCAUUAUGUUUAUUGUCUGGUUCCCCGAAAAGGGAUAUGCUCUUAGGCCAUUUCCUAUUGCCGAAUUACUAUUUGCUAUUAGCUAUUUUCUCGA